AUUUGUUUUUAUUCAUUAAUAUCAGUUAUAUAAACUUUAAUUAAUGUUUUUUUAAUUAUAUUUUACUGUUACAGAAAUUUUUACAUUCAGAAAUUAUGUCUUUGUUUCCUGAUUUGUCUGAUGCAUUUGAGGGACCUCAAGAGAUUGAAAGUUUGUGUAUGCAAUGUUAUAAAAAUGGUGUAACAAAGUUGCUGCUAACAAAGAUUCCUUUUUUCAAGGAAGUUAUAAUCUCAUCUUUCAAAUGUGAGCAUUGUGGGUUUAGUAACAAUGAAGUACAACCAGGCUCAGCAAUACAACCAAAAGGUGUUCGAUACACAGUCACCAUUAAUGACAAAAAGAUGAUGAAUCGUCAAGUUGUUAAACAAGCUUCAGCAAUGUUUCGAAUUGAAGAAUUAGACUUUGAAGGUCCAGCUUUUACAUCGCAAGGAGCUCUUACAACAAUUGAAGGAUUAUUUGAAAAUGCUAUUGCUGGCUUGCAGCAGCAACAACAGCUCAGAAUGAUUCAAGAUCCAGAUCUUGCAAAAAAAAUAGAUGAAGUUAUCAAUAAACUCAAUGAAUAUAAAACUGGAGAUAUACCAUUUACUUUGAUAGUAGAAGACAUAUCUGGAAAUAGUUUUGUGGAAAACCCGUACGCACCUGAUGCAGAUCCUUUUGUUAAAAUUGAAUACUUUAAACGAUCAAAAGAACAUAAUGAACAACUUGGCUUAAAUCAAGAAAAUGAAGAUGCACAAGAUGACGAAAAAGAGGAAUUUGAAGUUUUAGAAUUUCAAACAAAUUGUUCAUCAUGCAAUGGGCCAGCACCAACUCGUAUGAAGCAGUUAGAUAUUCCACAUUUUAAACAAGUUAUAAUUAUGGCUACUACUUGUGACGCAUGUGGGAAAAAAACAAAUGAAGUUAGAGCAGGAGGUGCAAUUGAAGAGCUUGGUACAAGAAUUACAUUUAGAAUGACAGAUCCUUCUGAUUUAAAUAGAGAUGUUUUGACAUCUGAAUCAUGCACAGUGAGUUUUCCACACCUGGAAAUGGAGUUUCGACUUUCUUCUAGUGGAGGAAAGUUUACAACACUUGAAGGACUUUUAUACAAUGUUCUUGAACAUCUUGGAACUAUAAGUCCUUUUUCAUUUGGAGAUAGUGCAGCAAAAACUAAUAAAGUUAAUGAUUUGGUUGAGACAAUACAUAAGGUUAUCGAAGGUAAAGAAUUCAUUACUAUUGUAUUGGACGAUCCAGUUGGCAAUUCAUAUUUACAGAAUAUAUACGCUCCAGAUCCUGAUCCCGAAAUAAAAAUCGAAAAGUACGAACGUACACAAGAUCAAAACGAUCAAUAUGGCUUAUCUGAUAUGAAAACAGAAAAUUAUAUAAAUUCUUAGUAAACAGAGCGUUUUUGUAUUAAUUUUUGGAAGCAAUUUAUUCUAGUCAUGCAAUAUAUGAUUUAAUCCGUCUUUA